AAAGAAAAUUCAAAAUAAAAAGUUCAUUACAUACGUGAUAGUACGUGUUUGUGUUGUGUGUAUCGAAAUUGAAACAACCGGAAUCAAACUGAACCGCGUUGCAGCAAAAGCUCCAUAAUCAUCAUCAAUUCAUCAUCCCCCGCAACAUAUCUUCUCAUCACAAACUCGCAACUUCAUUUUCUGAUUCAAUUGAAAACUUGUGGAAUGGAAGGAGGUGGAACAAGUCUAUCGGAACUCUAUCAAAGCUCCAAGAGAUUGUUGUUGAAGACCAGAGAUGGCUUGGAGCGCCUGGAGCGUCUCGAAUUUUCAUCCAACACAGCUUCCGUAGACUCGCCGGAGCUUUCGUACGCCGUACAAAGAGACAUCUCUCAGAUCCACUCUCUCUGCGCUAAUAUGGAUCUCCUUUGGCGAUCCAUCGCUGCCAAACCUCAGCGUGAUCUCUGGAAAAGAAAAGUGGAACAUGUGGCUGAAGAGGCAGACUCAUUGAAAGAUAGUCUGGAUAAAUACUUCCAACGACAUCAAAGACGAAUGCAAGAAGUUCAAGAGAGGGAUGCAUUGUUGGGAAGAGCUAAUGGGGAAUCAUCACAUGUUUUGAGAAUUUUUGAUGAGGAAGCUCAAGCACUGCAGUCUGCUCGCAAUUCUUCAAGAAUGCUGGAAGAAGCAAAUGCAACUGGAAUCGCUAUCCUAUCGAAAUAUGCGGAGCAAAGGGAUCGUUUGAAGAAAGCUCAACGGAAAGCAUUGGAUGUUCUGAACACAUUGGGGCUGUCAAAUUCUGUUUUAAGGCUUAUAGAGAGGAGAAACCGUGUUGACCAGUGGAUCAAAUACGCAGGAAUGGUCUUGACAAUCAUCGUACUAAUUGCUUUCUGGAGGUGGACGCGAUGAUCAUCCAAGUUUCAGUCUGUAUCUAAUAUCAGCAGAUUCUCUAGUCACUCGCCCUAUGGUUUUUUUUGUUGAUCGGAAGGGGAAUUUCAAGAAAGCAACUUCUAUGCAUUAAAAAAACUGUGCAUAGCUUUCAGUGGAAGGGUUGGGUUACUAGAUUUUGCAACUUACAACUAUAAGCAUUUACAUAUGAAGCAUACUGGAGGAAGUGAUUGUUUACAAAUAGCUUUACCUGAGGUUUGUGCACAGAAAUUUGCUGUUCAAUCUGGGAAAUUGCUGUACUUGUGGAUUGUGAAUUUUAUUUCCAGGACUCUGAAUCUGUAUAGUUGCGGUUUCCCGACCAUUUAAGUUCUAAAACAUCAUACAUAUA